AACGCAGAUUUUAAAAUGGCAACUCUGGUCAGUAGUAUUUUUCAAAACACGAUAUUUUGCUUGUGGGAGUGAUUACGUGAUCACUAACUUGCUGCACAAUGGCUGGAAGUGCCCAAGCUAGUCGCGGAUUAACAGCUCUUUUUAAACGAGGUUGGAAUGAAAUUCCCGAGGUAAUCGGCUCUUCAGUGAUGGCUGUUAUUGGCAUAGGUUUAACUAUCAUUGGAGCGGUUGGAUACUAUAGUAAGGACGGUGAUAACAGACGUUACAAACUUGAUUAUGUCGUGAUGCGUCCUGAUGAUCCUCGUGCAGCAAAGAUCCGCAAGGAUUAACGAAAGAAUAUGAAGUGUUACCAGUAAAUACAAAACGAGAACAUAAAAAGUA